UCUCUGGCGGUUUGCCGCAUGGAAGUCGCCCAGGCAAGGCAGAAUAUCAUCUGUCUGAUCCGGACUCCUACUCUCCACUUGCCGACCACUAGACGAGCAGACACAACACCACAGUCACAUGUACUGGGAACCAACUGGAAUAACGGCAUUUAUCCGCAGAUAUACUGUCAGGAGAGUCUAAAUCCCGGCGUCGUUCCUGCAUUGGGGGGAAUAUUUCUUACUUAGAUGUAACAACAAACAAAACGUACAGGAUUGUCAAGUGCACAAAAGCCGCGGCUGAAACAUUACGGACAGCUAAUUGUUUCUAUUUGCAUAUUGUUUUCAAUUCAUCCCAUGCACGGACAAACCGGGGAGCGGAGGUAAGAGGGACUUCCACGGUAUGGAGUCCUGAUUAUACCAAGCGACCCACCGGGAGGAAUGAAACUGAGAAAAUCGGAGUAUUAAUAACCUAAACCUGACAAUAACCCGGGGGAUGUUGCAGCAGAGUUUUGGACUCUAGAGAGCACACCAACUUUUUUGGUCUCCGCUAUUAAUCUCUUUCCCUCUCAUUUUCUUCGUCAGUGGGACUUCUAUUUUCGUGACUGAUUUGCAGCACUUCACAUCUCUAUCAUGGACCGGUCGACGUCUUUGGAUAUAGAGGCGCUCAAGAUGACCCAGGAGCAGUAUAUCCUCGCGGCGCAGCCCAACCCGCUCCACCAGCGUGGGGCGUCGGUGUGCGGCACCCAGGUUUACCCAGCCGUGGGAAUCUAUGGCUGGAGGAAGAGAUGCUUGUACUUCUUCAUCCUCCUGCUCCUCGUCACCAUGAUCGUCAACCUUGCACUGACCAUCUGGAUCCUCAAAGUGAUGAACUUCACUCCGGAAGGAAUGGGGAAUCUGCAGGUGACCAAGGAAGGUGUCAGACUGGAGGGAGUGUCCGAAUUCUUAUUGCCUCUAUACGUCAAAGAGAUCCAGUCUCGCAGGGACAGUCCAUUGAUCCUACAGUCGGACAGAAAUGUGACUGUCAAUGCUAGGAACGAUCAGGGACAACUGACCGGUCAGCUAACCGUGGGUUCAGAAAUGGUGGAGGCUCAGUGUCAGAGGUUUGAGGUGAGGAGCACCGAUGGACAGACGGUUCUGUUCUCCGCAGAUGAAGAGGAGAUCACCAUCGGCACGGAGAAACUUAGGGUCACAGGGAAUGAAGGCGUGGUGUUCAGCCAUUCUGUCGAGACAUCACAUGUAAGAGCAGAACCCUUCCAGGAUCUAAAGCUGGAGUCGCCAACUCGCACCCUGACCCUGGAAGCCCCCAGAGGGGUAGAGGUCAACGCUGGAGUGGGAGACUUCACGGCAUCUUGUAGGAAAGACCUCCUCCUGCAGUCCUCAGAAGGAGAGAUCUUUCUAGACGCCAACACCAUCAAACUGGGCAACAUCCCCUUCGGCAGUGCUGUUGACCCGCUGGAGGGAGCGCCAGCAGGUACCACCUACACCAAACAGACUGUGUACGAGCUGUGUGCCUGCGCUAACGGCAAGCUCUAUCUGUCUCCGGCUGAGAAAGGCUCUACCUGCCAAACAACCAGUAACUUUUGUCUCUGGAGCUGAAAGUGGGGCGUCGACAGACACCUCGGACACAUGGACUAUUAGAGUUUGAAGCUAAUGCUAGCCAACUGAAUGAAUCGACAUGGAUUAUGCCGCAGUGGGAAUCCAAUGCCAGCUAACAGACCGAAUCAAAAUGGAUUGUGGCAUGGAGAGAAGUUCAUGUCUGUUAACCAGUUGAAUUAUAUGGAUUACCACUUGGCAGGAAGCUAAUGCUUGCUAACAGACCAAAAGAACAUGGAUUUGGGCUUAGUGUGAAGCUAAUGCCAGCUAAAGGACUGAAUCAACAUGGACUAAAUCUUGGUGAGAAGUUGCCAGCCCACCAACCUAAUUAUUAUGGAUUGGUCAGUUGCAAAUGCUAGUCAAUAGGAGGAAUGAUUUGGCGGGAAGCAAAAUCCAAGGUUGGCCGGUGGGUAUGAUGUUACUCAUGGACAUGGAUGGACAUUAACACCCUGGGGCUCCGUUUGGCUGUGUCUGCCAUUGUUGAAAUGCUGCCAUGACGGUUUCUGAAAGUCACAAGGAUUACAUUGUGGGGCUUUUUGAGAACAGGUAACUCUCUCACAAGAAAAGUGAGUUGUGUGUUCACCGGUAAAAACAAACCUCCUGGAAGACAGGCUCCUGCUUUUGUUAAGAUAAACAGAUAUGGUGAUGGACUGCAAACUUGCCAGCAAGGAUUGGACAUGGACUCAGUUGGUUAUCAGACAUUUGGUGUGGACCUUGUUUUAGCACUGCGGGUAGCUAACAAAUAUUUCAGAAAACGGUUUAGUCUAGUGGGAAGCUAAGGCUAGCUAACGGACCAAUCUAUACCAGAAAGGCCUUCCCCCUUCUCCCCCUCUAGUCUCUCAACCCAAACGUUGAUGUGUGACCCUUCUGCAUUAAUCUACACCUAAUUGGAAUAUGCUCUCCAACCCCACUUUUUAUAGGUUUACUAAUGCAAAUAAUUGUGCUUCAACUUUGCAUUCAUCAGGCUUGUCCCCCCAUGUAUUUUCAUCUGCUUUUAUUCUAUUUUAGUUCUGUUUUCUUCUAUCAAAUAUUUUACUCUCCUUUAUUCCUCCUCCAUGCUGUAGUUGUUUUUUUUUUUUUUUUUCUCGAUGCACCUACAUAUACUGGACUGGCUAAAUAAAAGUGUAUUUUGCCUUUCCACUCUCUCCGUCUGGUUGAAAAGAAAAAUGUAUUUCUGCUCUCACAAGACUGCUUAAAAAAGUUUAAACAUUUUUAUUAACUAUCAGUACCAGAUUCGGGGUUUCUCUGGAUGAAUUUGACCUUGGCAUACAAUGCUGUCUGAGACAGAAACCAAAUGGAAUAAAAUAAAUGUACUAAAACUGAGGUAUUGGUUAGGUGUUAUAGCAGAAUAACCGCUGUAUGGUACGGGCCAAACCUCCAGUGAGGCAGAGGCAGAUGUAGGAUGACAGCCAGUCCAAUUCUGAUAGAGUUACGGAGCAUAAUUCAUAUCUUCGGCCUAUUUUCCUUGGUCCUCAGACUUUUCACUCAUUCCUCUCUCUCCUGACAUUUGGGCUUUCUUGCCAAUCCCUCUUCCCUCUCAGUCUUGUUGGUGUUCUGUAUCAUUGAGAAACCUUUUUUCUUUAUUUUAUUACGCUCCUUUUUGUUCCCUUCUUUGGUAGUACAGUAUUCUUCAUUAACACUCCCUAUCUUCUAACCUUGUAUUUCAUCUCUCACCGAAGAACAUGUUUUGAUGUUGUCAUCUCAUUGGUUCUUUAUUGAGUCUUUGAUCUCUUUUUGCCAAACCAAACUUCAGGAAAAAUGUCCCUACACAGUUUAGUUCAGCAACCUAAGCAAGAAAAGUCACGAAGGUCCAAAAUAUUAUUUUGUGGGGUUAUUUUUUGAUAAGUCAAUUACUCUCAGAUAGGCGGAUCAGUGUGAAUAGCCUCGAGCUGGCUAACCCAGAGUCCAACAUCUGUGAUGACUGGAAAUCAUCAGAUUUAUGUGACAUAAAUCCCCCUGGAAGAAAUUGUGGAUGAGAUGGGUUGUGUGUGUAUGAACUCAACUGGAAAAGGCCCUGAGGCAUACUUUCUUUUUUUUAAACAAGUGAUACACAGGUGCCUUUGCUGCUGUUGGUAAAAGCACAUCACAGUCUGAACGUUCACACUACCCUCAGUGGACCAUCUGCAAGUGUCUCUGGAAAAUCUAUAUAUUUAUCAAUCUACUUAUGUAUCUAUUUAGUUUUCUGUCAUUUCCUUCCCUUUUCUUCUGUUUUUGUAGAACUCUCGGUAUAUCCUGCUGAAAAAAGAACAAUUCAAUCCUGGUUCAAAGUUUUAAUUUCUGAUGUGUUCCCUUAUGGUUUUAUUCUUGAUAAUAAAAAAGCACAAAUUAUGCCAUGUAUAUAACAAUA